CCGGCUCAUGAACUAGCGGUACAGACACUCUGGCCACAGCACCAGUAUGCAUUACUGAAGUUGUACAGUGUGUAACUAGCUUAUUCAACUCCUAUACAGCUGACAUAUGUUGUAUUGAUGUUCAACGCUUGACAGGACACACAGCAAACUAUAUUUGAAUGCUGGGACAGAGAGCUGUUAUUAUACAGUGAUUGUUUAUGUAUAACAGUAGUGAGGAGCGACGCUGUAGCUUGCCUUUAUCAGUAUGUCUUACUUGGAGUGGGCUGAGUCUCAGCUGGCAGAGAUCGAGCUGCUGACCAGCAUGUUUCCCACCCGGGAGGAGCUGGAGAUAACAGACCAGCUGGCACUAGCCGAGCUCAGGGACUUUGUGGAGGGUUCAGCUUCAACAGACUGCCCCCCUCCCUCCAGACCCCACUUUCUCAUCAAACAGAAGCUGGACACUGCAAGCAUGGAGAGGACUGAUGUCAUUCUAUCCUGUACUUAUCCAUCCGAAUAUCCCAGUGUGUUUCCAGAAAUAACACUCCGGUGUGCAUAUCUCAGCAGGGCCCAGCAGACGCAGCUCCAGACAGAUCUCAAUGCGUACCUCAUUGGAAAUUGCCUGGGGGAAGUGUGUGUGCUCUCCGCUGUGGAAUGGGUGAAAGACAACCUGCAGCUUUUCAUUAACAAGAGCUUAUCAGCAGCACCGACUCCUAAGAAAGAGUCUUCCUCUCCACGGCCACAGGAAACGUUCAGCCGUCUGUGGAUUUACAGUCAUCACAUCUACAACAAGACGAAGAGGAAGAACAUCUUGGAGUGGUCCAAGGAGCUGGGCCUGUCAGGAUUUAGCAUGCCUGGGAAACCUGGUAUUGUGUGUGUGGAAGGUCUUCAUUCUGCCUGCGAGGAGUUCUGGUCCAGAGUGAAGGUUCUGACAUGGAAGAAGAUCAUGAUUCGACACAGAGAGGAUUUUCCCCUUGAUGGUCAGUGCGGGGACAACAGGACUGUAGAAAGUAUAGACUCCCGGCGCAAAUUCACAGGCUUUGAAGAGGCAAUGUUUGACCCCCAUGGGAACAGAGGUAAUCACAUGGACCUUGGGCAGCUCUACCAGUUCUUAAAUGAGAAAGGCUGUUGUGAAAUAUUUCAGAUGUAUUUUGGCAUUGAAGGGAGGUGAUUGCUGGACCCAAAGAACGAACAUUCGUAAGAAUUUGACAAGUGCCUGCCGAAAGUCGCUUCUUUUGAAAUGUGUAUUUACUAAAAAUGUAAAAAGCAUUCAUAACUGUUUCACAUACAGUACAAUAAGCACACACAGGGACUGAGCAUGUGGUCACAUGUGCCUGAAGAAAACGAUUUGAACAACAUUUCUGCAAUGUUGAGAAACUAAAACUUACUUUAAGCUGUUAGGCAUGUUUUUCAAACAGAAGCAAUAAAAAGAUGUUUAUCUGAGAGUUUACUCGAGGACCCAAGAUAUAUUUGCAAUUUUAAUACACAAUGCAAAGAUCACACCUUGCCCUGGGUGUUUCUUUUCUCAAAAUGUACUACUGUGUAUUACUGCCAGGCUAUUAUAGGAUUGCAGGUCUAGAUACCACAUUAAUAAUUGGACAACAUAGUCAACAAUUUGCUCGAUAUCUGCUUAUGAAAUCUGUUGAUUUUACUCCUAUGAAUUAUAGAUAAAAUAACCGUGGAAAAUCUCUCUCCAAUUGUCUUUAAAUGAUUCGUUCUUAGAUAAAUAGUGCAUCAUAAUGGAUUACACUCCAGUAAUUAGAAGGCAUGGUUAUUAAACAUGAAUGUAAUUUUGAGCUCCCUGACCAAGAUAAACAUUGAUGUGAAUUUUGUUCUUGUGCGAUUCAAUGGAAGAUUAUCAUAAUUUACAUUUUACUUUUAGGUGAUUUUAUCUCCUGACAGGAAGCACUCAUGUACUGUUCUUUUAAAGUCCAUCAUCAGUUCAUACCUUUUACAUACACGUAUCCAUUAUCAGUAGACUUGUAACUCAUAGGAGUUUGAACCCUAAGGGAACAUUUCAGAGUUCAGGCUUUGUUAAAAAUUAACAGAUGACAUGUGAAGAUCCGUUUUCCUAUUUAGUUAUGCAUUUUUGUUAUCAGGGCUAUCGUACCAGGUCACUCUUAGAUGACCUGGUGCAGUUCAGCUCAACAUGGAGUUGUAUGAUAUCAGGAAAUCUAGAUUGGACUGCUAGUUCAGUAGUACAGGCACUGGAUUUAACUUAUUUUCAAACAUGCUGGGUCUACAAUGCCCAGCAGAUGGCAGCAUUAUAUUAUCAAAGUUGGGAAACAUGGCCUUAGAUGUUACCUGUAGUUUAUGGAUGUUAAAAUAUGUAAACCUUAAACAAUAAACAAUCUGGAUCCCAAAAGACCAGGUUUUAUCUCAAAUGAUGCAAAAACAAUAAUGAUUAUUUUAAAAGUAUGAAUAUGUAUUGUAUAAUGCAAAAGGAGUGUGGACUUUCACAACAUCUCAUUUGCCAGUGGUCCUGCUCCUUCUGAUGUUACAGUUUUGUUUUGCCCGCUCACUUCCACUCGCACAGACUUCUUCAGAAGAUUCAUCAGAGCUUCUGUUUGUUUGUUUAUCGAGGAUAGCUGAACUCCCAGGUGAGUCCACAGCUCCACAGCUAGUAUUUCUACUCGAAACAGAAUCGGUCAAACCACACCUUAUCAUAAGUGUACUUUAUGGUCUUGACUGAACAGUCCUAGCUCCUGAUAAAAUGAACACAAUUUAUGUUAUGUUUAUUUCAACUUGGUUAAUAAAACCUUCAGCAUAGAGAAGGUGUCUCUCUCUGCUGACACAUCCAUCAGUUUAGUAUGGUUGUGAAAAAAGAACAUCUACUUAACAUUCCAAAGAAUCAAACAUCAAAAUAUUAAACAAGAAAUGUGAAACACCAGCAGUAAAGGCUUAAAACAAAUCAAAUUGACACACAAAUGAAUCAAAUAAUUUGAUGGAUACUUCAAAUGCAUUAACACAUUGUUAAUCAAGCAGUAUCUCUGCCAUAAUAUUGCUGAGCAUCUCUUGUCUCAUCAGUUUAGUUUAGAUUAGCUGGACAUCAGUCGGAAUUUCAUUAAAUGAGCUGGCAUGAAACAAGUGUACACCUUUCUACAUUAAAAUAUCACCCGUCAUGAUUAAAUGUAAUGAUUUACAUCGUUUUAUAAUAGCCUUGAUAAAGCAAUGACCAAUGGAGUAAGAAGAAGGGCAACCUUUUGUAAGAAAUAAGUUGUUAAAGUUAUUUUAAUAAAGACAGAAUUGUUUUAACUCCCCACUGUUUAAUUAGUUGUAUUCCAUGCACAGAUGAAUUUAAAGAUUUUAAAAAGGUCAGAUUUAAA